AUGCGCCGCUUCUCAACGUCAGUGUGGCAAUAUACCCGGGCUUCCGAGCUCGGAGUCAAAGUGAAAUCCUUCCAGUCGUCCAAACAAGCCCUUCGACGUCUCCCCUCAAAGAAACCCCAGACACAGACACCCUCACCUCAGACCCUACAGCCCUGUACCACCAUCUCCACCUGUGAGUCGUACAACUUGCCCAAGACCGUCGAGCUGUUGCACAAUGAGGGCUUCUUGCAGUCGUCUAUACUGCUGCCCGGAGAAGUCGCCCAUGUCGAAUAUCCCUACGAGGCAGGCAAGAUUGCCGAUGUGCUGGUGCUCGCUAACGGAUCAGUGGUAUCCUGGGGCAUGAACGAGUCCGAAACCGAAGACAAGAUUGUGGCUAUGCUCAAGGGGGCCGAGAGACGACCUUACAAGCACCACGAGUCUGAAGACGUCGAUUUCGUCGUCGAAAACAUGCCCAACGAGGACAACUCGCAGCCAAUGACAGAGGCACCGGAAGCUACUUCUAACGAUGACCCUGCGGGACACAAGUCGUACAUGAAGGGUGAGACGAUUAUAUUGCGUGGCCCGGAGAAGAAGAUGCUGCUAGACAAGGUGGCGUUUUCAUCUGGUCUGGCGCGUUCCACCAAACUGGCCGCUCUUGAAGAGUCUCUGGAACGAUACAUUGACUCGCUGAAGAUGCUGACAGACCAUCUGGCUACAGGAGAGAAACUGCGAGUCACCGAGAGGGAGGUUCUCACUAAGACCGGACAGCUACUGCAACUCAGAGGCCAGCUCAACCUGUACUCGGAACUCAUCGAGACCCCUGACUUGUACUGGAGCGAACCUGAGCUCGAACGACUUUACGCCCUGAUUUCCAAGAACUUGGACAUUGGACCGCGGAUUGGUAUUCUCAACAGAAAGCUCGACUACGCGAGUGAAGUUGUGGCGAUUCUGAAGGCUCAUAUGGCUGAGAAACAGAGUGUUCGUCUCGAAUGGAUGAUCAUCGUUCUGAUUAUGAUCGAAGUUGGCUUCGAGUGUAUCCACUUUUGGGAAAAGUACCGAACCAAGGAUGACGUUAAGGUGGAGAUCAAGGUGCCGGACACCUACUACCCUUCUGCUUGA